CGAUAUCAGAACAGCCGCACCUCCCAAGUUUGCGGCGACGACUGGUGAGAUGCGCCCAUAAUGCAUGCCCGUCAACAACGAUGAUGAUGUUGUCGUCGUCAUCGUCGUCAUCGUCGUCGAGAGACCAUGCAAAUGGCCAGAAAGCUUCAGCGACAUGACAGCCGGAUAAUCAUCCAUUUUGACUAUGACUGCUUCUAUGCUUCAGUUGUCGAAAAUGAAAAUCCUGCGCUGAAGUCGGUGCCCUUGGCUAUCCAACAGAAACAGAUCGUGGUGACAUGCAAUUAUGAGGCUCGACGCCGCGGUCUGCGCAAGUUGCAGUUGAUUACUGAAGCCAAGAAGGUCUGCCCAGAAGCGGUGAUCGUGCUCGGUGAGGAUUUGACACGAUUUCGAGAUGCGUCAAAGGACCUUUACGGCUUCCUCCAGUCAAGUGUAUGGAGUGGAAGGGCAGAGAGGCUGGGAUUUGAUGAGGUCUGGCUAGAUUGCACGGACAUGGUCGACUACAACCUGAGCCUCUUGAACCACAACGACCUCUCCCAUUCUUACUUCUGCCUGGACCGGGCGGAUCCCACUGCCGGCUUCGACUACGAUGCUUCUCACGUCUUCGGUCCGACGUACCCCUGCGAACCGCCGAAUUCGGCACGUCUGUCUGAGAACGAAAAACGCUUGCGGUUACGACUUACACUAGGCUCACAUCUAGCGAGGUAUCUUCGCCAUGAGCUGGAAUCACAGAAAGGAUACACCUCGACUGUAGGGAUUGCUACGAAUAAAACGCUGUCAAAGCUGGUGGGCAACGCCAAUAAGCCGAAGAAUCAAACUACAAUUAUGCCGCCUUUCGAACCUGUCGGAGCCACUGCAAGCAGUGUGACCCAGUUUGUCGAUGGUCAUGAUAUUGGAAAAAUACCUGGGAUUGGCUUCAAGCUGGCGCAGAAGAUCAGAGCACAAAUUCUGGGCCGGGACGGGCACUUUUCUCAAGGUCUCCUCUACGGAGGGACCAAGGAGUCAGUGAGUGUGCGUGACGUUCGCUCCCACCCGGGCAUGGGUCCGGAACUGCUUGAAGAUAUCCUGGGUGGCCCUGGCUCGUUCAAGGGCAUCGGUUGGAAGGUAUGGGAACUGAUUCACGGCAUUGACGACAGCGAAGUUGGGAAGGCCAAGCGUAUCCCGUCGCAGAUCAGUCAAGAGGACUCGUACAUGAAGUAUCUCCACACAUUUGAACAGGUCAAGAAGCAAUUACAUCUGCUGGCAGAGAGAUUGCUUCUCCGGAUGCGCAUGGACCUUCUCGAGGAUGACGAAGAAGCUGGUGAUGACGGUUUGGCACGUUCUCGCCGGUGGAUGGCUCAUCCACGAACAUUACGAUUGUCGACAAGACCUCGACCACCCCCUGGGCCUGAUGGGGUUCGAGCAAGGACGUUCCAUCGCAUCUCGCGGUCAGCACCCAUGCCUACUUUUGUCUUUAGUCUGAGCGAGACGACUUCGGCCCUCACCGAGAGGUUGGUAGAAGAAGCGCUAGUGCCAAUGUUUCGCAAGCUUCACCACGAAAAAGCAGGAUGGAACCUCAGCUUGAUCAAUGUUGCAGCUACCAACAUGGCAGAGACGGCAGCGGAGACGAAGGAUAGCAAAGGUCGAGAUAUCGGGAAAAUGUUUCGUCGACAGGAUGAAGUGCUCAGAGACUUCAGAGUCACCGACAACUCUGAAGACGCCAACGACCUUGGCUCUCGGGUUGCUGAACCGCAUGAGGCCGACUUCGAAACUCAGGUAGCUGAAGGAUGGGAUUCUGAGGACAGCGAGACUCAAGAAGUGGUAAGAUGCAGUCUCUGCCACAACGUCAUCCCAUCCUUCGCAUUGACUGCCCAUCAGAGAUACCACCAGUUGAGCAACUAGAAUCACAGCCCCUUGGGCUGUGGCUAUGAAAUCCUCAAGGCGACUCCGAAUGAGGCUUUCUUGUCUGUCUCCUAUGAUUCGUCGUUCGGUCCCAAGUUUUUC